AUGUCGACGACCAAGCCCGCCAACGGCACUGCCAAUGGUACCGCCAACGGCUCUGCGUCGGGCACGAUCCCGUUCGCCGACUACAUGAUUGCGCGCUUCAAGCAGGCGGGCGUGAAGCAGAUCUUCGGUGUGCCAGGCGACUACCAGCUCGAGAUGCUGGACUAUUUCGAGCGGGACCCCGAUGUGCAGUGGGUCGGCAACGCGAACGAGCUCGGUGCCGCGUACGCCGCGGACGGCUACGCUCGUGUCCGCGGCGGCCUCGCUGUAUGCGUCACGACGUUUGGUGUUGGUGAGCUCUCGGCGCUCGGCGGCAUCGGCGGAGCGCUCGCCGAGCGCCUGCCUGUCGUGCACCUCGUCGGAUCGCCGAGGAGCCCGCUCCAGCACACCAACGCGCUCGUCCACCACACCGUCAAUGAGCCGGGACAGUACCAGAAGUUUACCAAGAUGAGCGAGCCGAUCUCGGCCGCGACCUGCGUCCUCAUCAAUGUCAAGGAGGACUCGGACCUCAGCCUCGGCGACGCAUUUGACGCGGCCAUCACGACCUGUAUCGAGGAGGGCAAGCCGGUUUACAUUGAUGUUCCGCUCGACUACAACCACAAGCAGGUCUCGAAGGCUGCGCUGGACAAGCCGCUCCCCAAGUUUGGCGCCCCCAAGAAGGGUAUCCGCCGCAACCUGACCGACCCGCCCCUGGGCCAGGUCAUGGACGAGGUUGUCGAGAGCAUUCUGGACAAGUUCACGGCCGCCAAGAACCCCGUUGUGCUUGCGGACCUCUACGCGGAGCGCUACGGUAUGCGUUCCGUCGUGCGCGAGCUCGUGGAGAAGACGGGCAUGCGUGCGUUCUGUUCGCCGACGUCCAAGACGCUUCUGGACGAGCAGGCCUCGUCCUACGCCGGUAGCUACGGGGGCACAACCUCGCUCGCUCCCGUCAGCAAGGAGUUUGAGGCUGCCGAUUUCGUGCUCUACAUCGGCGCCAUGAAGAGCGACACGAACACGGGCCGUUUCACGACCAAGGUCCACGGCGCAGUCGAGAUGUACAUCGACCGCUGCGUCAUCGGCACCGCCGAGUACAGGGACAUUGAUAUGCGCGAGCUCGUGCCCCGCCUCUUGCCCUUCAUUGCCGAGGCGGCCAAGUCCAAGGGCCUGAAAGUCAAGCAGGAGAGCGUCGAGGACAAGGUCAAGGCCGGUACUGUGCUCGCGUACAAGACGGGCGUCGAGGGCGACGUCAUCAGCCAGGAGUGGUUCUGGCCCCGCAUGGCGGCGUGGUUCCAGGACACGGACGUGCUGCUCGGCGAGAUGGGCACGGCCGCGUUCGGCAUGCUCCCGCUCGCCCUGCCCACGAACGCGCAGUACCACUCGCAGUGCAUGUGGGGCGCGAUCGGAUGGAGUGUGGGCGCCGCGCUGGGUGCGGCGCUCGCGGCGCGCGAGAUCGAUCCCGCCAAGCGCACGCUCCUCUUUGUCGGCGACGGCUCGCUCCAGCUCACGGCGCAGGAGAUCGGCACCAUGGUGCGCCGCGGACUCUGCCCGCACAUCUUCGUCAUCAACAAUGACGGGUACGAGAUCGAGCGCCUCAUUCACGGCCCCGAUGCAAAGUACAACGACAUUGCAAAUUGGGACUACACCAUGCUCCUACCCCUGUUCGCGGGACGUACGGGGAUGAAGCACGAGACGCACUCGGUCAAGACGCAGGCCGAGCUGCAGAAGCUGCUCGAGGACAAGGAGUUUGCCAAGCCGGACCGCAUCCGUGUCAUUGAGGUGUUCAUCCCCAAGGGCGACGCGCCGCACGUCCUCGCCCAAAUCCUCCAGAAGAAGAUGUAA